AUGAGCUCGCAAAAUAAGAAGAAGGCUGCAAAGCGCAUCCUAGCCCUGAGUGUAGAUAACACGACCAACCUUUGGCACGGCAUUUUGGAAGGAAUCAAGGUAUUUGAGCAGAGCGGAAACUCAGGCCGAGUGCCUGCUAUGUUUGUUCUCACAGAUGGGCAGCCGAAUUGCCACCACCCCCUGCAAGGCUAUGUGUCUGCAGUUAGGGAUAUGUUACCACUGCCUGCUGCGAUUCACACUUUCGGAUUCGGUAACGACAUCAAGUCGGGGCUGCUGAAGUCCAUCGCAGAGGUUGGAGGUGGAAGUUACUCCUUUAUCCCUGAUGCUGGCAUGGUCGGGACCGUUUUCGUCAACGCAGUGGCCCAUCUUCAGUCUACCUAUGCCAACAGAUGCGUGCUCGAAGUCACUUAUCCGGAGUCCUUUCUACUGGAAACAACGACAGGGGAUACCGUGGAUAGCCAAGCGCAUGACAGAUUCGAUAACUCAUUAAUCCUCACAGUUGACGGAACACGACAGCAAAGACUGGUUAUCAAUCUGGGAAACCUUCAGUAUGGUCAAUCCAGGGAUAUAUACUUGAACUCUAAACUACCUGCUUGGGGUGGAAACAGCGGCAAGUUCGCCAUCCACGCCAAAUUGCGGUAUUCACGGAUGCGCGAGGUUGAGUACGUUGUCAACACCACGCAGGACAUGACUGAAGAGACGUCGCUGCCCGAACCUGAGAUUGCGUAUCACCAAAGUCGGUCAAUGGUCUGCCAUUUUCUCUCAGACCUAUUUCCGUUUCUGCAAGACGGGGAGCACGACCUCAAUAUGCUUCGUUUCGACACCAGCGGAAAGGCUCAAUCCAAGUACGAAUCACUGGUUGCCGCCAUCCCUGCAAAGAACUUCAGCGAUCCCUUGAACACGGCCUUGAUGCGAGACGUUUGCGGGCAGAUCAACCUGGCUAUGCACAAUAGCGAUUUCCUGAGGACGUGGGCGCCCCACUACUUCCUCAGCUUGUGGGAUGCACACGCGAAACAAGUACAAAAUACCUUCAAGGACCCAGGCGUGCAGGUCUAUGACAUGCAUAGCCCUCUCUUCCUUAAGUGCCAGAAGGAUCUGACGCUCGCGUUCAACAUGACGGUCAAGCCGCCUCCGCCCAGCCUGAAGGCGGACGCCGACGAGAACUACAGCACCGGCGACGCACCCAUUUCCAUGUCGUCGUUUAACAACUCCGACUACCCGUGCUUUGCUGCAUCGAGUUCGGUGACCCUGGCUGGAGGCCGGAGCCUGCCCGUCAGUGGGCUACGGAAAGACAUGAUGGUUCUCACGCCAAGGGGGGGCCGCAAGGUCGUGGCUGUUCUCAAAACUAGGGUCUGGGAGAUCGUCCUCUGCAACGUCGACGGCCUCUUGAUCACCCCGUGGCAUCCUGUGAAACGUGAUAACGGGUGGACUUUCCCCGGAAAAGUGGCGAAAAAGGGUGUGCGAUACUCGGGGGCUAUCUACUCGGUUCUGCUCGAGAGCGACCGGGACUCUGAAGCGCAUGCUAUUCAGGUGGGAGGUGUGUGGGCUGUGACAUUAGGGCAUGGCAUACUGAGCGGCCAGGACGCAAGAGCACACCGCUUCCUAGGGGAUUAUCCGAAAAUCUCCAAGGCCUUCUCAACGGUUGGCGUCAGACCAGAUGGCGUUGCGGCACAAGGCAGGAUUGGCAGGGCUAGCACGUGGGCAUCGCUGGCCUGGUACGCCUUGCUGGCUCAGGCCGGAUUUUCGCAGCGACCCAAGUGGUGGCUGCUGUGGCCCGGGGCAAUUCCUGCCCGCCGCCCGCCGCCUACCUGGGGCCAGCACGCGUCCGCUCUGGUUGCAAUUAGCACGUGGACGGCGGCUGUUGACCACUGA